AUGGUCGGUAUCACCAAUUCAGCUUCAGAAGCGUUCAAAGCCCCGGGAAGGCUUCUGGUAACCCACGUCGAUACUAUUGCCAAGCAAUUCCCUAAUAGAAGAUUUGGCCUGAUCCCCAAUGGCACCGAUGUCGACCAAGGCUUCCGGGAGGUGACUUUCCGGGAUCUCUCCCGCGCAGUCAAUGCCAUGUCCUGGUGGAUCGACGACACUCUGGGCAAGCCGCAACCGGGAGAAAAGAUCGCGUAUCUGGCGAACAACGAUGUGCGCUACAUCAUCUUUAUGCUUGCGUGUCAUAAGACAGGCUAUACGAUCUUUCUACCUUCCACUCGGCUGUCGGAUAACGCAUAUAACCAUAUUUUCAAGGAAACAAAGUGUACGCACCUGCUUUUCAGCCGAGAAAAGUCUCCAAUUGCUUUCAGAUUGAAAACAUUGGACUGGAAGAUGCAAUUCCACGAGGUGCCAUCUGUGGCGGACAUCUUCAGCAAUGAAAGUGACGCGAGUCACUUUGAGUUCUCCAAGACCUAUGAUGAGGUGGUGGACAAGAUUGCUUUUAUGAUCCAUAGUUCUGGAACAACCGGCAUGCCUAAGCCUGUUCCUCUUACCCAUGGUUUUCUGGGUACGAUGGAUUUUGCCGCAUCGAUCCCUAUGCCUCCGGGGCGCUCCUCCGCUUUCUUUAAUGACCUGGUUUCCGACGAUCCCAAUCCCAAGGACCUUGUUCUCUCGUCCACGCCCUAUUUUCACUUGAUGGGGCUGGUCUCGUUCUUUGAGUCUAUCUUCCACAACAUCCCCUUCGUUGCGAGCCCUGAGAGGUUGCUUUCCGUGGGGUUUCUGACCGAUCUAAUUCGCCACACGAAACCGACAGUCACGAUCCUUCCACCUUCAAUCCUUGAAGACAUGAGUUAUUCUGAGGAGGCUCUCACAUGCCUCAGCACUCUGAAGUUUGUUUGUUACGGUGGGGCUCCUCUUUCGCCAGAAGUGGGCGAGAAGCUUGGUCGAUACACUCAGUUACGAUCAGCCAUUGGAUCCAGCGAGAUGGGGGUCAUCUGCUCCAUGGUCCCCGAAGAAGAGGACGCCUGGGGGUAUUUCGAGUGGAAUCCCUCCUAUCAGAUUGAUAUGCAACCGAUCGGGGACGGGCUAUAUGAGUUGGUCGUACCACGGGUGGAACAUUCUCUCGUGAUGCAUGGAAUCUUUCACACGUUCCCGGAUCUGAAAGAGUAUCGAUCCAAAGAUCUCUACACCCGGCACCCAACCAACCCGAAGCUCUGGAAGUAUCAUGGACGCUUUGACGAUGUGAUUGUGCUCAGCAACGGAGAGAAGCUGAACCCGAUCUCGUUGGAGAAGAUCGUGGAAGGCCAUCCUUCGGUUCAUCGGGCUUUGCUUAUCGGCCAACGCAGAUUCCAGACAUGCUUGUUAAUUGAGCCAGAUAUCGAGAAGGUUGCCGCUCCUAUCAACGAGAAGGAGUUUGUCGACAUGAUUUGGCCAAUAGUUCAGGCAGCUAACAAGACCGUUCCUGAUUACGGCCAGAUCGUGAAAACCAUGAUCCGCCUUUCAUCUCGCGAGAAACCCUUCAAACUCACCGCGAAAGGUACUACACAACGACAUGCCGUGAAUAAGGAUUAUGCCGAGGAGAUUGAGGAGAUUUACGCUACCCAAGAUAGGCAACUGGUGAUAGGCCUGCCAUCAGCGAUCACCCCGGACACUGUCCACGAGUAUCUACAAAACGUUAUCUGCAAGCUUACUGGGAGGAAAAGCAUCAAACCCAAUGACGACCUCUACAGCAUGGGCCUGGACUCACUCCAGGCAAUUCAGUUGAGCAAGAUUCUGACAAAUUCGGUCUUCUCCUACAAUCCGGAGUUGAACACCGAGCAUCUCAAUGUCCAGCAGAUCUAUGCGCACCCAACUGCAGAGGGACUCACUAAUAUGCUGUUGGGGAUCCUUGAGAAAUCAUCGAGUCCAAUCCCUACUGUAUCUCGUUCUUAUAAGAUUGCGCAGUUAAUUACCAAGUAUACGAAUGAUCUUCAAACUCGAAAAUCUGAUAUCCUUCCUCAACUGCCGGCCUUAUUCACUGUCAUUCUCACUGGAUCCACUGGAUCGUUGGGCAGCUAUAUUCUUGACGACCUACUGCGCAAUCCCCAGGUAGCAAAGGUCUACUGUUUCAACCGAAGCGAAGAUUCUCCGACGCGCCAGAAGGAAGGCUUCCAGGAAAAAGGACUGCAGACUUCUCCUCUGGAUGAUCCCAACAAGGUCCAGUUCCUGCAUGUCCGCUUCGGAGAACCCCAAUUUGGCCUCUCCGACCGACAAUACAAGGAGCUCCUCGACACGGUUGACGUGAUUAUCCACAAUGCAUGGAAGGUCAACUUUAACCAUCCCGUGUCCUUCGAGGACCCGCAUCUCAAGGGUGUCCGGGAGCUCGUGCGCUUCAGCCAGGAGAGCCGCUACCAGGCCCAUCUUGCCUUCAUCUCCUCAGUCAGCACGAUUGGGGCCUGGAAGCCCAGCGAUGAGGUCACGGCCGUCCCCGAAGUUCCGAUGGAGACGGCGGACGCCGCGCUGGAGCAGGGAUACGGAGAGUCCAAGUAUAUCGGGGAGAGCAUCUGCGUGGAGGCUUCGAAGACGGCCGGCGUGCCGACCAGUAUCCUGCGCGUGGGACAGAUCGCGGGUCCAGACACGCGAUUGGGAGUGUGGAAUCCGCACGAGUGGAUCCCCUCAUUGAUUAAGACAUCAAAGGCGAUGGGCAAAGUGCCGUCUGAUCUCGGGGGGUACCCCAUCGACUGGGUGUCAGUGGAUACCCUAGCGCAAAUUGUAAACGAACUCGUCCUCGGCCGCCGUGUCUCGCUCGCGGAAACCCGCAACGCAGUCUUCCAUCUGGUUAAUCCAUGCCGGACCACCUGGGCUUCUCUCGUCCCUGCGAUCCAAGAGCGAUACCCCGUCCAGCCCGUGUCUCUCGUCAACUGGGUCGCCGAUCUCGAAACCAUCCAAGAUCCAUCCGAUCGCGACGUGCAAGACAAACCCGCACUGAAGCUCCUAGCCUUCUUCCAUAGCCUGGCGGAAAACGCGGAUGUCUUGUCUGCGGACAUCAGCGUCGAACGGUCGAAGAAGGGGAGUAAAACAAUGGCAUCACUCAGUUCGGUGUCACCUGCUCAGAUGGCCAAUUGGCUGAAUCAGUGGAACUUUUAG